AUGGAUCGAAUGUGCUGUAAUUGUCCGUAUAGAAAACAGUAUUUUUCGUGUUACUUAAUAGCGACGGUAAUUGGAAUUUUUACGUUUAUGUUACUACUCAUAUGGCUUUUUGCGUUUAAAAAUGGUCUAGGUUUCAAAACGGCCGACCUGAUUUUUAACUGGCAUCCCUUGCUGAUGACUUUAGGAAUGAUAUUCAUGUUUUCUCACGCCAUUCUCUUCUACAGGACGGGAACGAUUUGCAAUAAAAACUGUUUAAAAAUGGCCCAUGGAAUUUCCCAGUUUGCAGUUAUAUUGUUCGCAAUUCUCGGCCUGAUAGCCGUUUUUAGCAAUCACAUUAUGAACGGCAUACCGAAUAUGUACAGUUUGCACUCUUGGCUGGGCCUCACUGUUAUCCUAAUAUUUAUGUUAAAUUUUGCCUUCGGAUUUUAUUUUUUCUUCUACCCCAAAGCGGACGCUGCGUGUCGAAAGGCCGCCCUGCCCUAUCACGUAAGAGUCGGAAUAGUCUGCUUCAUUCUAGCUAUCAUAACGGCAGUCACGGGCAUCGGCGAGAAGGCCAUUUUCAGCAUAUCCAAUUACAAAGACAUGCCUCUCGAAGGGGCCUUAUGCAAUUUGCUAGGUUUCAUGUUCAUUAUAUACGGAUUAACGAUUCUGUAUUUGGUAAUGGAGCCUUGUUAUAAAAGGGCCGAAGCGCCGGCGGCUCCUUGUUUGCAGCAGCCGCAACCUAGGAAAUUCGCGCCGACGUACUUCAAUCCUUAUUAUAGUUAUCCUAGACAAUGCCCGACGCGGUAUACUCAAAACGUCUUUUGGAAUUAUUAA